UGUAAAGAUGACGUUUUAGCGUUAGGAAUUGAUAAGUACAAUCAAGAAUGUAGAAACAUUGUUAUGCGAUAUUCGGGAGAUUGGCGAGAAACUGUAGAACGUAUUGGUCGCUGGAUUGAUUUUGAUAAUGAUUACAAAACCUUAAACACCUCUUUUAUGGAAAGCGUCUGGUGGGUAUUCAAAGAAUUAUAUGAAAGAGAUCAAGUUUACCGUGGUGUAAAAAUAAUGCCAUUUUCUACCGCGUGUACAACACCACUUUCAAAUUUUGAGGCUUCUCAAAAUUAUAAAGACGUUAAUGAUCCAGCUAUUGUCGUCUCUUUUCCUUUGGCCAAUGAACCGGAUGUGUCACUUUUAGCAUGGACAACAACCCCAUGGACAUUGCCCAGUAAUUUAGCUCUCUGUACCAAUCCUGAUUAUGAAUAUAUUAAGAUUAAGGAUGAAGCUUCUGGACAGCAAUAUAUCCUUUUGGAGAAAUGCCUAAAUACUUUGUAUAAAGAUCUCAAAAAGGCAAAAUAUGUUAUAUUGCAAAAAAUCCCGGGAAAGGAUAUGAAAGGGUGGGAAUAUAUCCCUUUAUUUGAAUAUUUUGCUCCUAAGUUCAAAGGAAAAGGAUUCGUUAUAGUAAAUGAUAAAUAUGUUACAGAUGAUAGCGGUACUGGCAUUGUUCAUCAGGCACCAGCCUUUGGUGAAGAUGAUUAUCGUGUAUGCCUCGAAAAUAAUAUUAUUACAGAGGAUGGAUUUCUUCCUUGUCCUGUCGAUGAACAAGGUUUAUUUACUUCAGAAGUGACUGAUUUUGCCAGAAUGCAUGUCAAGGAUGCAGACAAAAAUAUUCAAAAAUUUUUAAAACAAAAAAAUCGGUUAAUCGUUCAAUCUCAAAUGAUGCACAGUUAUCCUUUUUGUUGGCGCUCAGAUACUCCAUUAAUAUAUAAGGCUGUUCCCUCGUGGUUUGUUCGUGUCAAAAAUAUCAUCCCUGAAUU